CAAGCGACGCUGAGCAGAGCAGAACAUCAGUGUAACGAUGGUGCUGGGAAAACCCUUUAACUUAGUGUUCGCCUGUCUUCUGUGUACCUACAUUGAGAGCUGCUUUGGACUAAACUUGGUGGAUAAUGGUUACAGAGACCUUGUGAUUGCCAUUAAACCAAGCAUCAAACAUAAUGAAAUGCUUCUUGAAAAAAUCCAGACAAUGAUAACAGAUGCCUCCCUCUACCUCCAACGAGCUACCAAAAACAAGGUGUAUUUUUCGGAUGUAAAGAUCCUGUUGCCUUCUAGCUGGCCAGGAAACGGCUCGAUUCAGAGACCAACCACGCAAUCCUACGAGAAGGCCAGUGUAAUCAUUGCUGAAGAAAAUCCUAAAUAUGGAGACACCCCUUACACUCUGCAGUAUGGAGGAUGUGGAGAGAAGGGUCGGUACAUUCACCUCACUCCAGAUUUCAUUCUAAAUGACGGCCUGCUUCCAAUUUACGGGAAAAAAGGCCCAUUAUUUGUUCACGAAUGGGCCCAUCUCCGGUGGGGUGUAUUUAAUGAAUACAAUGAGCAGAUGCCCUUUUAUAAAUCUAGCAAUGGACGCAUUGAGGCAACAAGGUGUACAAAGGGGAUAACUGGAAGUUAUAAGGACUGCAGCAGUGGGUCUUGUUCAAAUUGUAAAAUCAAUGAAAGGACAGGAUUGUACGAUACAAGUUGCAACUUUUAUCCAGACAAGGUUCAGACUGCAUCCUCUUCAAUAAUGUAUAAUCAAGGCUUGGAAAAUGUGGUCGAAUUCUGUGAUGAAAAGACUCACAAUACUGAAGCGCCCAACAUGCAGAACCAAAUGUGCAAUUACAGGAGCACGUGGGAAGUGAUCAAAGAGUCAGAGGACUUCAAGAAUGCUAAUUCAACCCACAACGGUUCUGUCCAACCAACAUUCACACUUGUGCAGUCCAAGGACCGGGUGGUUUGUUUAGUCCUUGAUAUCUCAGGAAGCAUGAACCAGGAGAAUCGCAUUAACAGGCUUCGACAAGCAGCCGAGAUAUUCUUGCUGCAGGUUGUUGAGCCAGGAUCACUAGUUGGAAUUGUCACUUUUAAUUCCGGUGCCAAUAUUAAAACACAGUUGAAGACUGUUGAUAAUGACAAUGUGAGGAAGGACCUUGUAAAACUACUACCAACAUCUGCCGGUGGAGGAACAAACAUCUGCAGUGGGGUUCGGGAUGGUUUUCAGGUACUUCGCGGUGAUGACGGCGCUACUAAUGGCGACGAAAUUAUUUUACUCACGGAUGGAGAGGACGGAGGAAUUAGCAGUUGCUUCAAAGAGGCGGAAGAUAGUGGAGCCAAAAUCCACACCAUCGCACUUGGACCAAAUGCAGCCAAAGAACUGGAGGAGCUCUCAAGAAGGACAGAUGGUCUACAGCUCGCAGCAACUGAUAAAGUAGACUCAAACGGACUCAUUGAUGCUUUCACUGGAUUAGUAUCAGAAAAUGGUGACCUUAGCCAACAGGCAAUCCAGCUUGAAAGUUUAGGAAGGAGUAUUGAUAAAGGUGGUUGGUUUAGUGGUAUCGUUUCUAUUGAUAAAACCAUUGGAAACAACACUUAUUUUGUGGUCACUUGGGAGGAUAUUCAACCGGAUGUGAUCCUCCGUUCCCCCAGAGGGAAGAUCUACACUCAGGCGAACUUUCAAACCGAGAACGCAACACACACAGCACGACUCCAAAUUCCAGGCACUGCAGAGGCAGGGAACUGGGUUUACAGCGUCAUGAAUUCUGGACGGAAGCAGAAGGUGACGAUGACCGUGACGUCUCGAGCGGUGGAUGAGAACGUUGCCCCCGUUACCGUUAACCCCAGGGUCAGCUGGAAGGAUCCCAAAAGCCCGACGGUCAUUUACGUGGAAGUCUCUCAGGGGUUUUUACCAGUCUUAAAUGCGAAGGUGAUAAUCAUUGCUGAACUUCCCAGUGGUGUCCCAGAAGAACAUGAACUUUUCGAUAAUGGCUUAGGGGCUGAUACUCGCAAGAAUGAUGGGGUUUACUCCAGGUAUUUCCUGAACGUUACCGGACGUGGAAGGUACAGCUUCAAGGUGCGCGUAGAGGGAAGGGAAGGGCCCUCAAAGCUGACCAGCAAAAGAGGGAGGAACGCCAUUUACACGCAGGGACUCACCAUUGAUGGCGUUGUUCAUCCGAAUCCGCCAAAACCCACCGUCAGUGAAGAAAAUCGCGUGGCACAGAUUGGAAACUUCAGCAGGGUCAAAUCUGGAGGAGCGAUUUCAAAUCCCGUGGACAUUCCCGUUGUCAAUUUCCCGCCGAGUAAAAUCACGGACCUUGAAGCAAGAGUACUUGAAGAUAAGAUUGAGCUGGAAUGGACCGCACCAGGAGCAGAUCUGGAUCAAGGAGCAGCAUCCUACUAUGAGAUGAGAGUGAGCAACAAAUUACUGCUGCAACAUAGUUUCUCCGGAGUUGAACGAGUGAACUUGACGAACUUGAAUCCACAGCCAUUUGGCUCCAAGGAAAUGUUUAUAAUUGACCCUGAAAGUAUCGAACUGGAGAACAGAACGACCCUCUACUUCGCCAUCCUUGCUUAUGAUGAAAUUAAUCAGCCUUCCGAGAUGUCUAAUGUUGCCAUGAUUACUUCCGCUGAGCCUCUGCCUAUCAUAGACAAUUACACGACAAGGGCUAUUUUGAUCACAGUAAUAGUGUUGCUUCUCGUUUGCUUAAUUGUAGGAUUACUGAUCUUUUGGUACAAACUAAAAGGGAAAAAAGAAGAUGAGGAGAGGUUGCAAUAGACAGCAAGAAGAUAGACACAGAAUGGGUCAAUGGGUCAGACAGCAUCUCUGGGGAGAAGGAAUAGGUGAUGUUUUGGGUUGAGACCCUUCUCCAGUCUGAGAGUCAGGAGGAAUCACCUAUUCCUUUUCUCCAGUGAUGAUGUCUGACCCGCUGAGUUACUCCGGCUUUUUGGGUCGAUCUUCGGUUUAAACAAGCAUCUUCAGAACCUUCCUACACAUUUUGUAUACAGAGAAAGCAAGUCAUUAUGUUAUUAAUCCAAGCAUUUACUUUGUUCUGAUUUAUUAUGGGUGUGGGUGGUGGUGAAAAUCAAAGGAAUUAACUCGAGUUUUUCUGAGGCUUUUUAUGCUCCUUUCCCCAACAACUGGGAGAAAUCCCUGGGAAAUUCAGCCCUUAUCCUCUUGGGAUGGACGUGAAUAUCAACAAAAGCUUUUCACUGUACCUCGGUACUUGUGACAAUAAACUAAAUUCAAACUCAAAACUAAACCCAAGAUCGCAUGGUUUUGACUGGUGAAACCACAAUGAUAAACUUGGAACAAUCCUACUGCUCAAAUAUUAUAUCUCUCCAAUCUGAGUCUAGAUUUAGUGCUUUUGAAGAAUGUUGUGCGUUUGUUUUCAACUGACAUGGAAUUCGUAUAAUUGAAUGAUUUUGAUGUAGUCCUAAUAAAAAUAAUUUCCAAAA